ACCCUAGACUUUCCCCACCGAAUGCCCCUCCGAACCCGAGAGUUUGAACUCCCGCUCCGUUUGUUGCUACCCUCAACUUCUUAGGAAUACGGUAUCCAGCAAGCUCCCCGGUCUCCCGUUCUUCGUCCUAUCUCUCAUUCUGCCAUACAUCUCCGAUCUCCGUCCAGUAAGAUAUGGAUAUAGAUGGAGAUGCAGAAGAAGCUUCAAGGCGCAUUCGGGUGCGGUUCGUGACGAAGCUAAAGCCUCCAUACAAAGCCCCUCCUACUUCUAUUGCCAUCCCUACCAACCUCACUCGUUUCGGUCUCUCUGCUCUCGUCAAUAACCUCCUCAAAGCUGGAAAUGCUGAUUGGAAAAUUGAAGCUUUCGAUUUUCUCAUUGAUGGAGAGCUGGUCCGGAUGUCCCUCGAAGAAUUUCUUCUUGCCAAGGGAAUAUCUGCUGAGAAGAUUCUGGAAAUUGAGUACAUUAAAGCUGUGGCCCCAAGAAAAAAAGAGGAUCCUUCCCUGCAUGAUGAUUGGGUUAGUGCAGUAGAUGGCUCAAAUCCUAGGUUCAUUUUGACUGGAUGCUAUGAUGGGUUUGGAAGGAUAUGGAAAACUGCUGGUGUAUGUACACAUCUACUGGAGGGACACACUGGUGCAAUUACUUCUGUAUGUAUUCUCGAUCCUCUAGGAAGUGAUGGUCGGAGAGUAGUAGCUACUGCUUCUAAAGAUAUGACAUUGAGGUUGUUUGAGGUCAAUAUAGAGGAGUUCCAGGGCCAACUGAAGAAGAUUCAAUCGUUUCAGACUUUACGUGGACAUAAUGCUUCUGUGCAAUGCAUUGCUGCUGAGCCUUCCGGUGCUAAGAUUUGCUCAGGUUCCUGGGAUUGUAGGAUCAAUGUGUGGCAAGCGAAUGAUUCCGAUUCUGGAGGUGAUUUUAUGUCAGUUAAGAAGAGGAAAGUGGACAUCGAAGAUGAGGAACCUAAGUCAGAGGGGGAGCCCAUUUCUACACUUGUGGGACAUACACAAUGUGUAUCUUCUGUGGUUUGGCCUGAGCAUGAAACAUUAUACUCAGCAUCAUGGGAUCAUUCAAUCAGAAGAUGGGAUGUUGAGACAGGCAAAGAUUCAAUGAACAUGUACUGUGGGAAAGUUAUUAACUGUCUUGAUGUUGGAGGUGAAAGUUCCUCCCUCAUUGCUGCUGGUGGUUCAGACCCUAUUCUUCGAAUAUGGGAUCCUCGCAAACCUGGUACUUUGGCCCCUACCUUUCAGUUCUCGUCUCACACUUCCUGGAUAUCUGGCUGCAAGUGGCAUGAUAAUUCAUGGUAUCAUUUAGUAUCGGCAUCUUAUGACGGGAAAGUUAUGUUGUGGGAUCUGAGAACUGCGUGGCCUCUGGCUGUUAUUGAUUCACAUGAGGAUAAGGUGUUAUGUGCUGACUGGUGGAAAAGCAAUUGUGUGAUAUCGGGUGGGGCUGACUCAAAGCUUUGCAUUUCUUCUGAAAUUUCUGUGAUGUGAUACAGCGAGAAGUUCAUCUACUGGAUGGAGAAGUUGAAUGAUACUCAGUAUAUGUACUUUGGAAUUGCUACUACAAAUAUUUGGCGCCAUCAAGUUCCACUUUUCACAAGCUUUGUUUUAAGCUUAAUGGCAAGUGAGAAUUUUGUCAGUUGUUGUUGGCCAUUGGUGCGAGCAAAUGAGGAUAUAUCUUUUCUUGUAAUGAACCCUCCUAGGCUUUUCGACCCUCUUUCUUUUGUUUAAUUUGGAAUUUUCCCCCUUUUUAAAGGUACACCUUCUAAAGUCUGCAUUGGUACCAUUCUUUUGACUACCGAUCUUUUCAAGUCAAGGAUAGCGAUGUAAAGCAUCACAACAAGUUUUUGUAAGAUGUGUCCGAUCUCUGAUGGAAGUUAUUGUAAGAUGUGUCCGAUCUUAUGUUGCA